CAUCUCGAGUUUUCGGUGACUAAUCACCCGGCUCAAGCUCUCCCACAUCCUUCGAGAAAAGCAUUCUGAAUCGCGAAACAAGCCUCGCCGUUGCCGAUCUGUGAGAUUAAAAGGAGAUUGAUUGACGCCAAGAACAAAAGAAGGUUCUUAUCUGCCGCCAGGGGUACCGAGUAAAGGAGAACAAAAAUCCAAGAAAAAGGAGCCAUGGUCCACGCCGAUGCGUCCAACUUUGCCGAGGGCAUCACCAAGGAUGAUGCCUAUGAGCAGGUGCUACUUCAGGCCGAAGGGCUCUUUUACGGUCAGCGCAACUGGGUUCGCAACCUCUCCAACGCGGCCUCACUGCUGUGGCAUGCCUACAAGUCCCUUUCUGCCCCGAGCAGCGAAGUAAACUGGGCAGGAUUCUAUGUGCUGGAUCCCACAGCCAGUGAGCAGCUCAUCUUGGGCCCGUUCCAGGGCAAAGUUGCCUGCCAAACGAUCAAGUUCGGAAAGGGUGUUUGUGGCACUGCUGCGGCCACCAAGACUACGCAACUAGUUGAAGACGUGGAGAAGUUUCCCGGCCACAUUGCGUGUGAUAGCGAGAGCCAGAGCGAGAUUGUGGUGCCCAUUGUGUCGGGGGACAAGGUCGUUGCCAUCAUCGACGUCGACUGCGCCGUCCUGAACGGAUUCGAUGAGACGGACAAGAAGAACCUUGAACAACUUGCCGACCUUUUGUCAAAGAGCUGUGACUGGUAGACAAAAUUAAUGAAGAGAAUAAACUAAGACAUGUUUCUGU